GCCGGGCCGGGCAGUCUAGAACCUCCUCCCGACCUGCCUCAGGCUCUCGCCCCGCCCACCCAGAAGUGGGUGAAAGGUCGGCCGCGUCGGUGCUGCUGCUGGGGCUGUGCAGCCAGGAGGCAGGGAACGUACUGACACUGACAGACAGACGGACCAUGACGGACCAGGCGAAACCCAUCAGCCCGCUGAAGAAUCUGCUGGCCGGCGGCUUUGGAGGCAUGUGCCUGGUGUUCGUGGGGCACCCGCUGGACACGGUUAAGGUCCGACUGCAGACGCAGCCCGCAAGUUUGGCUGGACAGCCUCCCAUGUAUUCUGGGACCUUUGACUGUUUCCGGAAGACUCUUAUUAGAGAGGGCAUCACGGGGCUCUAUCGAGGCAUGGCUGCCCCCAUCAUCGGGGUCACCCCUAUGUUCGCUGUGUGCUUCUUUGGGUUUGGUUUGGGGAAGAAACUGCAACAGAAACACCCAGAAGAUGUGCUCAGCUACCCCCAACUAUUUGCAGCCGGGAUGUUAUCUGGCGUAUUCACCACAGGCAUCAUGACCCCUGGAGAGCGGAUCAAGUGCCUCUUACAGAUUCAGGCUUCUACAGGGGAAACCAAGUACGCUGGUACCUUGGACUGUGCGAAGAAGCUGUACCAGGAGUCUGGGAUCCGAGGCAUCUACAAGGGCACUGUACUCACCCUCAUGAGAGAUGUUCCAGCCAGUGGGAUGUAUUUCAUGACAUAUGAAUGGCUGAAAAAUAUCUUAACUCCAGAGGGAAAGAGUGUCAGUGAGCUCAGCGUGCCUCGGAUCCUGGUGGCCGGGGGCGUUGCAGGGAUCUUCAACUGGGCUGUGGCAAUCCCCCCAGAUGUGCUGAAGUCCCGCUUCCAGACUGCACCUCCUGGAAAAUAUCCUAAUGGUUUCAAAGAUGUGCUGAGGGAGCUGAUCCAGCAUGAAGGAGUCACAUCCUUGUACAAAGGGUUCAAUGCAGUGAUGAUCAGAGCCUUCCCAGCCAAUGCGGCCUGUUUCCUUGGCUUUGAAGUUGCCAUGAAGUUCCUUAAUUGGGUUACCCCUAACUUGUGAGGCUGAAGGCUGCUCAAGGCUUCUGGAUGCUGGAAACUUACCGAAGAGGAGCAAUAGGCAGGACUAGGCUGUCCUGAAGGGUGAGGGGAGGGGGAUGGUGGGAUCAGAGCUCUGUGCAUGGACUUGUUGAGACCAUUUGCCUUAAUGACAUCCUCCGCCUGGUAUAACUUGGUGUGCCAUUUUGAAAAACUUGAAUUCACUCUUGUCAGUUUAAGGGAUCUCAGGGGGAUUUGGAGAUGGAGUAAGUAGCUUCCAGACCAGAUACCACCUGUGGCCAGAGUAUGUCUAUUGAUUGGUUGACUACUGGCCCUACUGUACCCAAAAUACUGGUCUCAAAAGAGGAAAUCUCAGCCUUUCACUGGAGGUACUAUGCAUGUUUACAGCCAGCUGACUAGGAGCUGGGGUCUUCGUUGAUCCCUAGCCAGGAACACCCACCAGAUUCCCAGGGUAUCAUCCUGUUCUGACAUGCACAGGGAGGUAUGGACUUGAGACCCACGUUGUCUGUCAAGUGGGAUGAGCAAAUGUGCAGGGGCAGGUAGCCUGAUAACAUGAGGGGUUUGUGUGUGUGUGUGUGUGUAUUUUUAAGGCAUGCAGGUAAUCAAAAUUGAAACUAGAGUAGCCUAAUUUCCCAGAAGGUAGAGAGCUUUCCCUCCUACACAGUGAGGAGGGUUUUGAAUUGAUAGUCCCAGCCUGCCGGGAUAAAUGAGAAAGCCCACGGUGUAGGAAGGCUCUCUCUGCACACUCUUUUCUCACAAAAACCUUGUUUUAACAGAAAACAAUAAAGAUUGUUUUUAAUUUUU